UUAAGAUCUAACAAUUUCCUGAUUGAAAACUUGGAACCACACCUCGGGACUCUGAGGGGGAGCUCCGGCACGCCGGUUGUACGUGUAACCGUCGGCAAAGAAUCGCAAUUAUAAUUAGAAAUAAAAGCCGGCAUCUCCGCGCGGCUGGGAGCGGCGCGCGGCGGUCGGUGGCACGCGUUAACCGCGAGGGCGCGGAGCUUGUUACAGUGUUACAGCCCCUCACUGAGUCACCGCUAACUAAGUAACUAAUAGCUUUCUCAUGGGAUCCCAUUUUCUACGACGGCCGAGAAAGUAGGGCGCCACGACGGACUACUCGGACGAGGCUUCAACGGUCUGACCUGAGGUAUCUGGUUACGCCCACGCCAACUUUGGACCUCUGAGGCGAUUGCAGCUGCUGGUCACAGGGACGGAGGGGGGGGGGGGGUUUGGCUCAGGGGAGUGACCGAGCAGUCGAGGGACAGCCCUGGAUGCACUGGGACUGAGGCAGCACGCCGUCCACCAGAUCAUCGUCAUCCCGUAGGGCGGCAGCAGGGAGCCGCAAGCCCCCAGUGAAGGAGGCUGGACAUGAGCGAAUUUUGGCACAAGAUGGGCUGCUGUGUGGUGGCCAAGCCCCCUCCGAAAAAGAGAAGGAGGAAGAUCGACCGCAGCAUGAUCGGGGAACCAAUGAACUUCGUACACCUGACGCAUAUCGGCUCAGGGGAGAUGGCAGAAGGACUGGCCCCGUCUGGCCCUAUUCAGGAGCAGAUGAGGUCAAAGGGACGCAGUGCCAAUGGGCGGGGUGCUUUCCUAUAGCCUCUAAGCCCCCUCCAGCUUUACAGGAGAAGCUACCAAUUGCAGCCGUAUAAAGUCUCUGACCCUGCCUGCCCACAGUCGUGCUGGGAUCCAGCCCAGCACUUAGCAAUUUGGAAGAUCCCCGGCUCCCAUCCACUCUGCUGAGAUUGUUUGCUAGACGUCCCAAAAACAGUGCACCUCAGACAUGGCAUUAAGCCCUUACACCUGUAUUUUUAGAGGAUGACUUAUUUUACGUAUUGUAUAAAAUGUUUCUGUAGUAGUUAACAACUGAUUUUGAGUGUGCGUGUUACAAUUGAGAUAGGGUUGGAAUUUCUGAUUUUAAAGCUUUGAUUGGGCUGUAGAGUGUCACAGUUGAGAAUUCUCCCCUCUAGCAAAUGGAUAGAAUGCCGUUUGCGAUGUGCAAUCUUUUAUCAAAGUGAGUGUGUGUGUGUUUAUGUAUGUAACAUGUUUCAGCACAUUUCUUUUUACUGCCACCUUAAAUUUUGUUUGGCUCCAGUGCAGAUUACUGCCUUAGUGUUGUUUAUGGUGGCUCUCAAUUUUAGCUCUUUUUAAACCUGUUCAGCUUACAAAUUUUCAAAGCGCGAGUUUUCAGAAUACUGUAGAAUUAGAUCAUUGGUCUGUCCUGUAUGCGGAGGUUGUCACAAUGAUGACACGACCCAAAGUGUUAAUGCCAAGGAGUCUUAUGUUCAGUUUAGCAUUCAUGGCUACGCAUCAUCGCUGCCGACUGACGGCACUCCUUCCUGUCCGCUGGUGCUCACCUGAAAGCACAUGGACGGUUAAACCAUCGGGCACCUGAGCUGCCUGUUCGCAUGAAAACCUGCCCCCUGCCUCUGCCGGCAGGUUUGACGAAAGACUGCUCGGCUCAGCCUUAACAAGGCCAUCUGGGAUAUUUCACCUUGGAGCAACAUCCGGAUCUAGUGUAAAAACGUGCCCUUCUUAAGCCCUCAAGCCGCAUUCCGCCAUCAGGGUCUUACACCCUCUCUAUAGUGGCCAAACCUGGGACUGGACUCCUGUCAUCUACUACACUACCCCCGGACCAAACACACACCCUGGAACCAGAGUGUGGUAGGAGAGCGGGCUGUGUUGGUGUUUUGGUGUCCGGCUGGCCCAGUUCUAUACCAAACCCUGCAGUGGAGCUGAGGUUAAAUGUCACUUUUACACUUCCUGGAAAAGGACUGAACUUUACCGUUACUCUUCGUAUUAGGGAUUCAGCUUAGAUUUAUUUUUUUUUGACUGAAGAUUUUAAAUGUUAAUGAAUUUUGUUAAAAUACUGCAGCCAAACAUCUAGUUUGCUUCUUUCGUGUUUUUCCCCCUCGCCUCUAUACCCGAGUGCUUUUUAUUCCUUUAAUUUACAGCUGUAGUCCACUUCUUCCCCCAGCUCCCAGUGCAUUGGUUAAUUUUUUUUCCCCCAGUUGUUGCUUGAUAUUACAUUUUUUUUUUUUUUUGGAAGAUUGCAUUUCAGGUCCGUUAAGAUACAAGGAAAAGCACAUUAAUCCCUCAAUCCAUGAUUUUGCUCUGGAUUCUCUCACGGGGAAUAUAGUUUUUGAAAUAACGUGCUCUUUCAUUUAAAAAGGGGUGGUGUUUAAGGGGGUGCCAGUGUUUGUAGUGGGAGGGGUGGGAAAGGUUCACUGGAGAGUACAAGUUUUUUUUUUGUUUUUUUUUUUUAACCGUGUACCGGAAGCUUCAGUAGUUCUGUGGAAGUCACAUGGCCACCCCCUGUGGUGUGAAAGGGGCAGUGCACUUCCUAAUGGCUGUCUGUGUGCAGAUCUGACCUAAUUGCAGGUGCGGACUGGGCUAGAGUGCCUCAACACUGCAAAACCUUCCUGUUAAAGUGAUGCAUGUACAAUUUCACCCAUAUACAAUCCCAUGUGCAAUGUACACUGCUUGCCUUAGCCAACUUAGUGUCAUUAAAAUUUAUAUUUCCUAAA